GAGGUGAGCCCUGGUGUAUAAAUAGAGAGGCUCCGUGCUUCCGCACACUCGGAAUCUUGGACGGCUCCCUGGUUGCUCUCACAGGCAGGUGGGUGGGGAAUCCAGAUUCGCCAUGGAGAAGAUUUCAGUGUCAGCAUUCUUGCUCCUUGUGGCCCUGUCCUACACGCUGGCCAAGGAAACCACAGUGAAACCCGGAGCUAAGAAGGACACCAAGGACUCUCGACCCAAACUGCCCCAGACCCUCUCCAGAGGUUGGGGCGAUCAACUCAUCUGGACUCAGACGUACGAAGAAGCCUUAUACAAAUCCAAGACUAGCAACAGACCGUUAAUGAUUAUUCACCACUUGGACGAAUGCCCGCACAGUCAAGCUUUAAAGAAAGUGUUUGCCGAAAACAAGGAAAUCCAGAAAUUGGCAGAACAAUUUGUCCUUCUCAACCUAGUUUAUGAAACAACUGACAAACACCUUUCUCCGGAUGGCCAGUACGUCCCCAGGAUUUUGUUUGUGGACCCAUCUCUGACAGUGAGAGCCGACAUCACUGGGAGAUACUCAAACCGUCUCUACGCCUAUGAACCUUCAGACACAGCCCUAUUGUUUGACAACAUGAAGAAAGCCCUCAAGCUGCUGAAGACUGAACUGUAGGGGGAACAAGACAGAAUCUGCAAGCUCUUCCCUGCAUGCCAGGCCUCGAGACUUGGAACCAAGAUGUCAGCAGACUGGAGAAGUACUGGCUGACAUGCUCAUUAGAUUAUGGUUUAAUGUUACAACCGCCUUUUAUUUUUAAAAUUGGCUUCAGGAAUACAUGUAUGAAGAUAAUAUCAUACACUACUGUAGUAAGCCAUGAUUUUCUAAAAAAUAAAUCCUUUUGGAGGUACUUAAA